AUGGAUUCUUUGGAAGAUACUGUCAAACAGUUAGUUCAACGUAUAGACGCAUUAGAAAAGGCCAACAAAAAGAUGGAACAAAAAUUAAAGAAAACCACUGAUUGGGUGAGUGAACAAUUAGAUGAAAAUAGUAAAUCUUCUGACCUUCUAGUUAUGCAAAGAACACAAGCAUUAAAAAAAGAGAUUAGGUCAUUUCGAGAUGAAAUAGAUGCAAUGAAAUUACAGGCAGUAGAAGAGAAGAAGAAAGCACUAGAAGAAACUCUAAAAGAUCUUGAUGCUAAAAAGAGUUCUAAAAAAGAUAAAAAACUAGUGAUUGAUGAAAAUGUUAGUGAUAUGCAAAAAGAUAUUGAUGAUUUAAUGGAUGAUGUUGAUGAUUUAAAAGAAAGAAUGAAUUUCAAUGAAGAUGAUAUUGAUGAUUUAAAAAAAGACAUAAAAGAUUUAAAAAGAGAGAAUAAUCCUAAAACAAAUUUAAGAAAUAGCAUUGCCACUACUCAACCAACUACGAAAGAAACUCAAAUAAAAGAAGAAGGGACUAGUCAAAAGGGAAAUGUUACAGAAGCAAUUAAUAAAAUUGAAGAUCUUAAUAGGUUAAUUGAAAAAGUUCAAAGAGGAGUUCAAAAAGAUCUUGAAGAAAUGAGAAAAGAUAUAGACGAUAUGAUAGAAGAUAAUAAAGAUAUCAAUAAAAGAAUUCAAAAAUUAGAAGAUAAAACUGAACAAACCCCUAAACAGGAAAGUAUUUGUAGUGAUGAAAUUAAUUCAAUUAAACAACAAAAUGAAAUUAUUCAAAAGAAAAUUGAAGAAAUUCAAAAAAUACAAAAUGAAUUUGUUUCAAUGAAAGUAUUUGAAGAAGUUACAAAUAAAUAUUUAUCUCAAUCAGAGUUUAAUAAAGUCCAAGAAGAAUUAAAAGAAAUUAAAGAAAAUAAAACAGUAAAAGAGUUGAAAGAGCAAAUGGGGGAAUUUGUUACAAAAAAAGAUAUAGAUAAACUAACGAAAGAUAUAAAAUCAAGUAAUAACGAAGAGGAUAUAAAUAAUGAAUUAAUUCAGUUACAAAAGAGAAUUAUAGAUAUUGAAAACAAAACUGAGAAGAAUGAAAAUCAAAAUGAUGUAUUAGAAAAUAUAAAAGUAAUAAAGGAAGAAAUAGAAGAGAUUAAGAAAAACCAAAAUGAAGGUUGUGAAAAGAAGAUUAAAAGUCUUGAAGAAAAAGUUAAUUCUUUUGAAGAACAAAGAGAAAAACAAAUGAAUGAAGUUAAUCAAAGUAUCACUCAAAUUAAAAAAAGUAUUCCUGAGUUAAAAGAUAUUAAUUUAAUACAACAAAAUAUUGAAGAAAUUAAACAAAAUAGUGUUAAUAAAAAGGAGGUUGAAGAGUUAAGUAAAGUUGUUAUAGCAUUAAAAGGAAAUAAUGAUAUCAAUACUAUCAAAAAAUCAAUAGAGGAAUUAAGUGAUGAAGUUAAAGAAUUAAAGAUAAAAGAAAAUGAGAUAAAAGAGAAGUUGAAUACAUUUAAUGAAAAUAAAGAAACAAGUAAUUCUCAAAACCAAAUAGAAGAAAUAAGACAAGAAAUAGAUUACAUUAAGAAAUUGGUUAAUGAAAACAAACAAAGUGUAACAGAAAAAGUAAAGAAAGAAGAAGAAGUUAAUAAAAAAAUUGAGAACGAGAAUAAUGACAAAGAGUUUAAUACGAUGAAAGAGAGCAUUGAAGAAUUAAAUAAGAAAGUUGAAGAAUUAAAAGAAAAAGGUAAUAAAAUUGAGAAAGAUGUUCAAGAACGUUUUGAAGAAUUUAAUAAAAACCAACCUAUUGAAACAUUAAAAAUUGAAGGACAAGAAAGAAAAAAAGAAGAAGUUGAGGAGUUAAAAGAGAAAGUUUAUGAAGAUGAAAAGAAAAUAGAAGGUGUUACAAACAGAAUUAAUGAAAUGGUUAAAAAAGAAGAAAUAGAUAUAAUUAAACAAAAUAUAGAAAAUAUUAAAGAAAUAAUUAAAAGUAUUGAUGAGGUAAAGAUAAAUAAUGAAAAAAAUAAAAAAGUUAUUGAAGACAUUCAAAAAGAAAAUGAAGAAAUAAAGAAACAAAAUGAAUGUAUUAAACAUGAUAUAACUGAAAUUAAAAAUAAAAAUGAAGUGUUUGUAAAUAAAUUAGAAGUUGAAACAGUUCGAAAAGAAUUAGAAGAAGAAAUAAAAAGUAUUAAAGAGAAAUCAAAUGAUAUACCGAGUAUUAUAAAUGAACCAAACAAUGAAGGUAAUGAAAUAAAAGAAGUCAUUAAAGAUAUUCAAAGAAAUGAAAAAAAUAUGAAUGAGUCUAUAGAAGAAUUACAAAAUAAAAUUAAUAAAAUAGAACAACUUGAAGAAAAAAUUAAAAUUACAGAUGCAAAUAUUGAUAUUAUUACCAAGAAAACAGAAUUAAUUGAAGCUAAUAUAAAAAAAGAAAGUAAAAAGAGUAAAAAAGAUGAAGGAAAUGAUGAUGAUGAUAAAAAGAAAUUAUUUAAUAAAUUAAAAGAAGACAUUAAAAAAAUUGGAGGAAAAUUAAAAGGUUAUGAAGAAAAUAUUGAAAACAUUCAAACAAAAAUAACAACAAUUGAAGAAAAAGUUAAUAAUGAUAGAAUUAUUUGUGUUAAUAAUUCUGAUGCUAUUGAAGAAUUAAAAAAAGUUAAAUUUAAUGAUGGAAGAAGUAAUUUAGAUGAAGUAUUUAUUAAAAAAAUUAAUAACGAUUUAUUAGAAUUAAGAGUAAGAAUGGAUACAGUAGAAAAAGGAAGUAUUGUUAAUGACGUAAGAGAUUUAUGUGAUAAAAGUGAAAAAUGUAAAAAAGAUAUGAAAAAUAUACAUGACACUCUAAAUGAAUUACAAAUAAAUUAUACAGAUAUUAAAAGAAUGGAUGAGGCUAUUUGGAGUGAAAUUUAUUUACAUGAAUUAGAUAAAUGUGGAUUUAUUGGAUUGUAUUAUAAUCAAUUACAUCAAUGGACUGGAUUAACUGCUCCACGAGUUAUUUACAGUUGUUCUAAUUUUAGAAGAAUUGAAGUUCUUCAUUUAAAUAAUGCUAUCUGUAAUAAACCAAAUGUAAUGAUAAUCAUUGUUACAAAAGAUGGUAGUAUAUUUGGUACUUUUAAUUCAUUACCAAUUCCUAAUGCUCCAUUAAAACCUGGAAAAGGAAUAGAUGAUUGUGAAAUGAUAACAAAAGAUCCAAAACAUUUCAUUUUUUCACUAUUAAAUCCUAGUGGUAUUCAACCACGAGCAUUUUAUCUUCAGGAUAAUGAAAGUAAAACUUUAUGCAUUUAUUCAUCUAAAUCAAAAGAUCUGAUUAUUGGGUCUCAUAAUUUCUUUGUACUAAAACAUGGUAUGUGUAAAAUUACUAACCCAGAUCAAGCUUAUACAAAUGCACAUGACUUUAAGUUUGUUUCAGAAAUCAAAUUCCAAGUUGAAUUUAUUGGAGCAAUUAAAUGGGUUUAA